GUAUGUGUGUGGAUGUCUUCUCCUCCUCCUCCUCGCAGUGUAAAAUUGCAGGGUUCUCGGGGCUCCGCUUUGACGUUUUCCAGCGUCGAAAUGCCCGUAUAUUCCAUGCCCCUCUGACUCUGCUUUCCCUUCCCUCCCCUGCUUCUCUCUCUCUCUACCAUGGAGGCCCUGAGACCCGCCGCCGCGGCCGCCGCCGUCCCCGUUGUUUCGUCUCCCGACCCGCGCCUCUCGAUCUCCACCAGGUCGAGACUGGCGAGUUUCGGGAGGACCCAGCUAGGGUUCGCCCCCGGCAUUCGCGCCAGGCCCGUCGGGCGGGACCGCUCCGGCGAUGGAGCUCGGAGGAAUGGUGGGAAGGAGUGGAGGCGGCGGCGGCAUCAGCAGGAGGCGAGGUGCACGGCGGAGGGGAUCGAGCGGGGGCUGCUCUUCGGGGACAGGGGCGGCCGCGUCGAGGCGGCGGAGGACGCGGUCGGCGCGGUGCCGGAGAGGUUCAAGGUGGUGGCGCUGAUGGCGUGCGCGAUGUGCCUGUGUAAUGCCGACCGGGUGGUGAUGUCCGUCGCCGUCGUCCCCCUCGCCGCCCGGCACGGCUGGUCCACCCCUUUCCUGGGCAUUGUUCAGUCAUCUUUCCUGUGGGGAUACGUGUUCUCGUCGGUGAUCGGCGGCGUGCUGGUCGACAAGUACGGAGGGAAGAGGGUGAUGGCGUGGGGCGUGGCCUUGUGGUCGCUGGCCACCCUCCUCACCCCUUGGGCCGCCAACCACUCGACGGUCGCCCUUCUGGCCAUGCGCGCGUUCUUCGGGCUUGCUGAGGGCGUUGCUCUUCCCUCCAUGAGCAACCUCUCGUCGAGGUGGUUCCCGAGCCAUGAGCGAGCGAGCGCGGUCGGGAUAUCGAUGGGGGGAUUUCACCUUGGCAACGUCGCAGGCCUGAUUCUCACCCCUCUGAUGAUGUCCUCCGUCGGCAUUUCGGGGCCAUUCCUUCUCUUCUCGUCGCUUGGACUGCUUUGGUUAAUGAGGUGGGCCAAUGGGGUGACCAACCACCCGCGAGAGAGCCGAUUUGUCGGUGCAUCGGAGCUGCGGCUGAUCGAAGAUGGAAAAUCGAAUGCUGCGGUCGGGAACGGAGAAAUCCCAUCGAUUCGUGUUUUACUGUCUAAGCCACCGGCAUUGGCAAUCAUACUGGCCAACAUCACCAACAACUGGGGAUAUUUCGUUCUGCUCUCGUGGAUGCCCGUUUACUUCAAAACUGUGUUCGACAUAAAUCUGAAGAAUGCGGCUUGGUUUAGCGCUGUUCCAUGGGGAACAAUGGCGGUAUCUGGGUACAUUGCCGGCGCAGCAUCCGAUUAUUUGAUCAAGGCCGGGUAUUCACUUACGCUGGUGCGAAAGGUCAUGCAGUCGAUCGGUUUCAUCGGGCCUGGAAUUGCAUUGCUCUGUUUAAAUUACGCCAAUUCGCCAGCCGUCGCUUCCCUGUUCAUCACGGUGGCACUAAGCUUCAGUUCAUUCAGUCAGGCUGGCUUCCUCCUAAAUAUUCAAGAUAUAGCUCCACAGUGUGCAGGAUUUCUUCAUGGUAUCGCGAAUUCAGCAGGAACAGUUGCUGCAAUAAUCAGCACGAUCGGUACCGGUUAUUUCGUGCAGUGGCUCGGAUCUUUCCGAGCAUUUCUUACGGUCACCGCUGCUCUCUAUUUCGUCACUACCAUAUUCUACAACCUCUAUGCUACCGGAGACCGAGUUUUCUAGACGGAGAGCUUCAUCAAUUCCUCGUCGUCGUCGGGUCGGGCAGAGCAAGCGGGUCUCAUUCAAAAAGCCAUUGUUAUGAUUCAAAUUUUGUGUACCUAGUAGUCUGAAACAACAGUUUAAUGCUGUAUAUAUGUAUAGCUUAUUCUUUGUAUCCUUGAACUCUCUCUCUCUCUCUCUCUCAUAUUCUGUCAAUUGUAACUCUACCAAAGGAGUGAAAACUGGAAAGGCCAUUGCUGCAUCA